AUGGCAGCGGCGGUGAUGACGACCCACUUCAAGAAGAAUCGGAAGCACCUCGAUGGCCGCGAUAACGCCGGAGGCAUGCACCACCACCGCAUUCUCUCUGACAAGUACCAUCCCGGGUACUUCGAUAAGGUCGGCAUGCGCUACUUCCACCACCUCUGCAACAAGUUCUACCGUCUCACCGUCAAUGUCGACCGUCUUCGGUCCCUCAUCCCCAACGACGUCAAGAAGUCCACCGUUGCUCGUGGCGACAACUCCACUCCCUCGAUCGGUGUCACCCAAUUCGGCUACUUCAAGAUCCUCGGGCGAGAUGCACCUGCCUACCAGCUUCUUUAUUAA